GUCUGCGUGCUCUCCCCUCUCUCUCCCCUCCUCUUUCUGAGGCUAUGCACCGUUUUCUUUGGCAUCCCGCUCCUGUGUGCGAGCCAAGGGAAGGCAGCACUCUCCUGGGACACUCUUAACUAUCUCCGACUCUCUCCCUCUAUCACACGCAUUCUCUUCUCCUCUUCUCUGCGCCUGAGAGGAUCAUUCGGAAGCAUGCAGGACACUUUGCUCCUGUCUGCAGAAGGGAUGGGGCCUAAUUUGCUUGCACAGGCUAAUGAGCUUAGCUCGUGCUGAGCAGCUUUUAGCCCUGCAGGGUGUUGUGGUGGGCACUGGAUAGCCCUAGUGGUUAGUUAGAGGAAUCAGAGAGGAGCUCAGAAGAGGCAGAGCUGCAGCCACAGCUUCACCACUCCUCCAGGACCAACUUGACUUGCACAGACACUGCGGAUGGGACGUCUUUCUCUACUUUCUCCCCUCCCUCUCUCCUCUGCCUCUCUCUAAAUCUACCUGACUGUCUCCCUCACUGACUGUCCCAGAGCACUGAACAACUGCUUUUGUUGCUGUAUCACCUCUUACCAGUUGCGUCUCUUCCCACCUUGUCUCUCCCCUGAUUUUCUGACUAACCCUCUACCCCUGAAUAUAUCGCCAAAAUGUACCGGAACCCGUGGAUCUCGAAUUACCUGACCCAUGUCAAGUUUUGCAGCCAAGGACUCGGGAGUGAGACCCCCAUUAAACUGAGCAACCCCAGAUUGCUACAGAAGAGAGCUUUGAGCUUCCAGAAAGAAUUCACCUUCGACGAAAAAGACGACCCAGCUAAAAGCAACGAUAUAGAUGUUAGUGUCUUGGCCAACCUCCCCAAAGUCUCUGAAUUGAGGAAACGAUUUGAAGGCAUCACCACAAGCUCAAGUGACUGGGAAAUGAACAGUAGAAAGGAGCGUAUCGCUCGGAGGUUGGAGGGCAUCGAUGCUGAGGUGCAUCCGUCCCUGCUGCCCAGCUUGGUGGCGAACCGGCUUCUGGAGGAGGACACCCCCCGAUACACCAGGGCCUCUGAUCCCUGUGAGCCCUGUGGUGUUACAGUCCAGCGGUACAGCAUGGAGUCAUUGGACAGCCCAGAGAUUCAGCCGAAGGCUCCAGAGCGACAGUCCCGAGCUCGCUGCAGACCCGACCCUCAGACCUCCAUCCUCACAGAGCCUGUCCACACUUCAGACUUCACCACCAUUGCCCCUGAGACCGAGUCAAAGGCUGAACGCAUCGCACGAUACAAGGCGGAGCGGCGCCGGCAGCUUGCGGAGCGCUACGGCAUCUCUCUAGAUCAGGAGCCAGACUUAGAACCACCUCCCCGCUCCACUCGCACACGGAAGGAGUCGGAAGGCUCAGAGAGGCGGAUCCGAGGGGAAUCAGUGGGGGAAGAAGGGACGGACAUCACCCUGAAUUCUUACUCAAGCGCCUCUGUCACGAGCCCGAGGGCAGGACGCACGGCACCACAGCAAAGUCACCCAGACCCGGGAUCCGAGGUGAGUCGGACCAGGGUGGACUCGCUGUCUGAGAGGGAGAGGCUGAUGAACCUGGAGAAUCAACGCAGAGCUGCUCCUCCCGAGCCGCCGUCCUCCUCCUCAUACAUGGAUGUGACAUCGAUGUCAUCAACAGUGCCCGCAGACUAUUCAGUCACUGGGAUGCCACCCAAUUCACCCAAGCUGAGCCGGCACUCAUCCCUUUCCCCACCUAAACAUGGCGUGUCCCCUGGGGACCUGUUCAUCGAGCAGCAGAGCCACACCAUCCUCACCAGACAUGGUGCAAGGGACAAACCAAACACUGAUUGGUUCUUCCAGACUGAUGCUGAGGGCGACACCCAUUCCCUCAUCAACUGGCCCUCGAGAAUCAGAGUUAGGGAGAGGAUUGCCAGAGAGGAGGGCCAUCAGAAGAGCCCAGAGCUGGUUACAGAAGCUCCAGUGCGCCGCAGACAAACAUCUACACGCCACAAUACAGACCCCCCGCAGAUUUACUCCCAUCCCCACCAUCAGCUCACCCGAUCUGGGCCACCGGGAGGACAAGAAGUUGGCGGUAACCACAGUUACCUGUCCAUGGCCUCCGGUCCCACAUCCAGAGCCGGGCAGGAACAGCAACAACUGCCCCAGGAAGAUGAGACUGAGGAUCUCGAGGGUGUGAAGACAGAGGGUCUUCUGAGGAGCAGGAAAGCAGUGCUGCCCUCUGACAUCCGCCGCAGGGAGAGGAGCACUGAAGACCCGCGGAGAGGAAGGUGCGAGGAGGAGAUCGGGAUGUCCAGGGCACAGAGUCUCAGCCAGCCGAGGAAGGUUGAGACAGAGGAUCCUACAAGAGGACCACACAGAACCAGGGCCAGGUGGGACGAAACGGAACACACUUCACAUCUGCAAGCAUCAGAGAGCAGGCACAGAGAGCCAGACAAUGCUGUUUAUGUUCAGAAAGGGGUGGUGGCCACCCACAUCCAGCCCAGAGCAGCACAUGCAGACCCAGGAAGCUCCCCCUCCAGCCCGGGCAUGAGCCGCUCGCGAUCCGAUGCUAGAGUUUCACGAGGAAUCAGUCUAAGGAACCAGCAGCAUCGCGAGCCCCCUGAGGACAGGGAAGGGAAUGAUUCCAGUAACCGAGAGGGUCACCAGGACAGCCGAGUGUCUGUGGCCCAGCUCAGACAUUCCUACAUGGAGAACACCACCACCCCUCCGACCAGCCGCAGGAAUAAGCUUGAGGUUGAAGGGGACAGUGAGCUCACAGGCUACGGGGCCCCAUGGAGAGGGGAGAGGGACAGGGGGCGCAGGCCCCGGCAGUAUGUCUAUCCUGGGGAGAGUAGAAAGACUUCAGAGAGGUUUAGGACGCAGCCCAUCACUUCCGCUGAGCGCCAGGACACUGAUAGGUCCUGUGUGGGUGCAGAUCUUCCUCCAACUGAAGCUGAUGAUGAGAAGGUAGAUGAACGGGCCAAGCUGAGUGUAGCAGCCAAGCGCUCUCUCUUCAGGGAACUCGAGAAGAGCAUUGAUGGCGGAGCUCCUAAGCCACGAUCCAGGAACGCAGCGGUGGACAGGAGACUGAGACGGACACAGGAUCGAUCCAGAACGCAGCCCGUCACCACUGAGGAAGUUGUCAUCGCCGCCACCAUCCCCACUCAUGUGCCACACACGGUGACUGUUCACACUGCUGUGGCACGCGUCCCUAGCCCCACCCUAGUUUGCAGCACUGUCCAACCAUACAGCUUGCAGGCAUCCAUGCAGCAGAGCAACAUCGCCCGGGAGCAGGCACGGGAGGCCCAGCAGGCACAGGAGAUGCAGGAAGUCCAGCCCUCCAAGCCGGUGUCCACAGUGGAGGGAACGGGUCAGGGUCAGGACGAGCCUGACCUCUGCACCCUCAGCCUGGCAGAAAAGAUGGCCCUGUUCAACAGACUGGCUCAGCCUCCCAUCAGGGUGACCCGCACCAGAGGGGACACACGCAAUCGCAGGGCCAACGCUCGCUACCAGACACAACCCAUCACCCUGGGAGAUAUGGAGCAGGAGCCUUCAGACAUAGACUCCUUCGAUGAACAGGAGCUAUGUGACAGCCCGGUAGAGCACCUACAACUUCAUAACGGAACCAGCUCUCGGAUCCCUACUUCAUCCUCCUCCUCUGCUCUGAGAGAAGGCACACUCUCCACUGACCAUGCAGGAGAUAUCCACAUAACCAGAGCAGCAGCCCGGGUGGACCCCCUCCCUCCCAGUUCUGACCAGUCCUUCCCCCCUCACCACACAGACACCCCCUCAUGGAGGUCCCAGGAAGUGACGGACCACCAGAGGUACCAAAACGUCCCCCAGGGAGACGCUGGCACUGAUCUGGGAGUAGGGAAGAGGAAACUGCCCUCUCCUGAGGGAGCGGUCAGGCAGGCCGCUCUGGCCCAGCCUCAGAGUGGCAGAGAAAGGAGGGAGGAGGUGGUGGUGGAGAAAGGGGAGGAGCAGUGGCCUGCCAGAGGGUGGGGAGACAUGCAGAGCUCUGAGAGUUACAUGCUCCAGGAGAGGCAGGAGGAGUAUCUGAGGGAGGAAGGACACUACCCAGAGAGUCGGAGGAGCAGGGCCGUCAGUAGAGAGCUGCCGGUGUCCACCUUGGUAACAUCCAGAGCAGCAUCUGGCUCGCCCAGGAAUCUGUAUCAGCUUCCAGACACACACACAGACGAUCUGUAUCAGCCUGAGGAGGGAGAUGAGCUGAGCAACAUGAUGAUGGCCAGACAAAUGUCCAUCAAAGAGAGAGUGGCCUUGUUGAAGAAGAGCGGCCAGGAUGACUGGAGGAACAGGAUCAAUAGGAAGCAGGAUGUGAUGAAGGGCGACGUGGGCGAACAGCAGGCUCAGCUCUGGGAGGAGGAGCAGGGCUACAAGAAAAAGGACGAUGAAGAGCUGAUGAUGAUCGAUGAGUUUGCUGUGUCCGACCAGCUCUGGGAUCCGCUCUUCGCCUCUACUUUCUCUCCUCCACCUGAGCCUCGUUUCCAUACUCCUUCCCCCGAUGAGUCAGCAAGCCAGACCAUCAGAUCUCCCAGACCCAUGCAGGUGGAUGCGAGACACCCCUGGAGACGGAAGAGAAUAGCUGAUGCUGAGACGGAGAGCCAGGGGAGCGAUGCGCACAUGUCCAUCCAGGAGAGGAAGCUGCUGAUAGUAGCCCAAGAGGAGGCCUGGAAGAUGAAGGGCCACGGCGCCGCCAACGACUCCACCCAGUUCACUGUGGCUGCACGCAUGGUGAAGAAAGGGUUGGCUUCCCCCUUAGCCCUCCAGUCUCCAGUGACCUCCAAACCCAAGAACAGCAGCCUUGCCAUCUCCAAACCACAGGAAGAGAUCAAGGCUGUCCCAGAUCUGAACCUGGAGUCAGACUUGAAGCUGGAUAAACUGGAAUCCUUCUUAGGCAAGCUCAACAGCAAAGCGUUUCUGCCAGAGUCAACCAUCACAGUCACUCAGAAGAAGGUUAAGGCAGUGAUGUCACUUGAGGAUGAAACAUUUUCCAAGUUCUACCGCCAAGUGGAGGAGGUCCCCGCCAUGACCAACACGGUGGAGAUAUAUGACGACUUUGAUGCCAUCUUCGGCCCCCAGGUCCCAAAACUGGCAUCAGAGAUGGUGCAGCACAGACGAGCAGUGCGCCCGACACGUAACGUCCAGUCAUCUAGGAACCCUCUGAAGAUGCUGGCUGCCAGGGAGGACAUCAGACACGAGUACACAGAGCAGAGGCUCAACAUUGGCCUGCUGGAGAGCAAGAGGAUGAAGACUGAAAAGAUGAAUAAGAACUCUGGUUUCUCUGAUGUGGCUCUGGCUGGACUGGCCAGCAAGGAGAACUUCAGCAAUGUCAACCUGCGCAGCGUCAACAUCUCUGAGCAGAUGUCCAACAACAGCGCCGUGCCUUACAAGAAACUCAUGCUCUUACAGGUCAAAGGCCGACGGCACGUCCAGACCAGGCUGGUGGAGCCCAGAGCGUCCUCCCUGAACAGCGGAGAUUGUUUCCUACUCAUCACACCUCACAACUGCUUCAUCUGGACUGGAGAGUUUGCCAACGUCAUAGAGAAGAACAAGGCUUCAGAGUUGGCAAACUUCAUCCAGACAAAGAGAGAUUUAGGCUGCAGAGCUAACUAUGUCCAGGUCAUCGAGGAGUGCAACAGCACAAACAGCCACGCUGCCAAGGAUUUCUGGAAGAUUCUGGGAGGGCAGUUGAUCUAUCAGUCUGCUGGGACACCAGAUGAAGACGAGCUGUACGAGAGUGCCAUUGUUGAGACAAACUGUAUCUACCGCCUGAUGGAUGACAAACUGGUCCCAGAUGAUGACUUUUGGGCCAAAGUGCCCCGCUGUUCCCUGCUGAACCCAAAGGAGGUCUUGGUGUUUGAUUUUGGCAGUGAGAUGUACAUAUGGCAUGGUAAGGAAGUGACGCUGGCACAGAGGAAGGUGGCCUUCCAGCUGGCGAAGCACCUGUGGAACGGCACGUUCGACUACACCAACUGUGACAUCAACCCGCUCGACCCGGGGGAGUGCAACACACUCAUACCUAAGAAAGGCCAGGGCCGACCUGACUGGGCUGUGUUCGGCAGACUGACUCAACACAAUGAAACCACCCUUUUCAAAGAGAAGUUCCUGGACUGGAGCGACUCCAGGAAAACACCAAGCCCGACAAGAAACAACGACCACAACGCUGACCAAAAGGAGCAGUGUGCCUCUGAUCAGCGCCAUGCGUACGACACCUCUCUGAUGCUGCCUCUGCAUGAGGCGCCCAUCUCCACCAAACUGGACGGGUUCCAUGUGGGCCGUGGUUAUGGCCUGGUGGAGGCAGAGGAUUGGCGGAGCUACGAGAUCAACACGCUGGCGGUGGAGGUGUGGCACAUCCUGGAGUUCGACUACAGCCGCCUACCACUCCAGAGCAUCGGCCAGUUCCACGAAGGCGACACAUACGUAAUGAAGUGGAAGUACAUGGUCAGCACGGCAGUUGGGAGGAGACAGAAACCAGAUCAGCAGAAGACAGCGGGGGCCGGAAAGGAGAAGUGCUGCUACUUCUUCUGGCAGGGCCGCAACUCCACCGUCAGCGAAAAAGGAACCUCAGCACUGAUGACGGUGGAGCUGGAUGAGGAGCGAGGAGCACAGGUCCAGGUGCAGCAGGGUAAGGAGCCUCCGUGUUUCUUGCAGUGCUUCAAAGGAGGGAUGGUAGUCCACUCCGGGAGGAGAGAAGAGGAGGAAAACUCACAGAGUGACUGGCGUCUGUACUGUGUGCGCGGGGAGGCGGAGGUAGAGGGCCACCUGCUGGAGGUGGCUUGUCACUGCAGCAGCCUGCGCUCCAGGGUCUCCAUGGUGAUGCUGAGUGUUAGCCAGGCUCUCAUAUACCUGUGGCACGGCUGCAAGUCUCAGGCACACUCAAAGGAGGUGGCACGUACCGCCGCCAACAAAAUGAAAGAACACUGUCCUCUGGAAACAGGCCUCCACAGCAGCAGCAAGGUGACCAUCCUGGAAUGUGAAGAGGGAGCGGAGCCCACAGGAUUCUGGGAACCCCUCGGGAGGAGGGACAGGAAAGCGUACGACUGCAUGCUGCAAGACCCCGGGAGGUUUAACUUCUCACCGCGUCUGUACCAGCUGAGCAGCAGCUCAGGGGAGUUUGCAGCUGUGGAGUUUCUUUACCCUGCCAGAGACCCCAAGCAGGUCAACUCUAUGCCUUUCCUGCAGGAGGAUCUCUAUACAGCUUCCCAGCCAGCCUUGUUCCUGGUGGACAAUCACCACGAAGUGUACCUGUGGCAGGGCUGGUGGCCUCAGGACAGUGAGAGCACCGGCUCAGCCCAAAUCCGCUGGGACUCUGACAGGAAGUGUGCCAUGGAGACUGUGCUGCAGUACUGCAGAGAAAAGAAUGAGAAGAAACCUCCCAAAGCGUAUCUGAUCCACGCUGGUCUGGAGCCACUCACCUUCACCAACAUGUUCCCCAGCUGGGAGCACAGAGAAGACAUCGCUGAGAUCACUGAGAGGGAAGCUGAGGUGUGUAACCAGAUUAUCCUGGUGGAGGACGUGUUGGCGAGGCUGUGUAAGACCACAUACCCGCUGGCAGAGAUUCUGGCCCGGCCGCUGCCUGAGGGCGUGGACCCUCUGCGCCUUGAGGUCUACCUGUCGGAUGAAGACUUUGAGGGUGUAGGGGCUCACGGGAAGAAAGCCCUGGACAUGACCAGGAAGGAGUAUGGCGCGCUGCCAGGUUGGAAGCAGGUGAAUGUGAAGAAAUCCAAAGGACUUUUCUAAACGGUCGAAGCAGAGAGCUGACCUGAAGACAGGAAGUUGUUUUGCGUCUCCUGAGUUCACCCCGUAACGGAGGGUCGAGGACGGACUGAGGGAGCUGUGAAGGUAUGGAAGACUCGAUGGAAGGGCCAGCUUCUCCUGCUGCACAUUUACUUCACUCUUUGUGUUGGUAUUUUGGUCGUAUAGGAAUGAGACACAUGUAGGCGGAUGCACCAAUGAGUGAUGGUUUCAAUAGCUCUUCUCUAAAGACACUCUCAUGAAGCUAGAAGUCUCAAAUGACGUCUGUAACUUUUCACAGGGAGUGCAGAGCCUUUUAUUAAAGUUAAUGUUUGUAGAUAUGUACCAUACGCAAAACAGCCCAGUGCCCUUACUUUGUGAGAGCAGGCCUGUCAGCCUGUUCCACACACACACCCGGGUCUCUGCUUUCUCUCUAUGUAUGUUUGUGAAUUACAAAUAAUUUAUAUUUAUCAAAUUCAUAUAAAAGCUUCCUGAAUAUUCACUGAGCUAUGAUUGAAUAAACUGUAUUAUGAAUGUGGAGGAGGUUUGUGUCAUAUGUUGAUAAAUACUGGAUAAUUCUCUCACGCUGUACAGAUCACCGUUUGCCAUUUACGAAUCACAUGAUGCAGCUUUAUUAUGGCGCCUAUUGUUUUCAGAUCCGAGAGCGAUAAGCGGCAGAGAUGGAGGGAUGUUGAAAUGUAUUUGAUUUUUAAACCCUGCAGUGUAUAGUGCCUUGCUUUUGUGUACAGUUUAUAUACAGAUCCUAGUCUGCAUUUUAAAGACUUCUUGUGAUAUAAAUAAAUAUUAGAAAAAGAAACUCUAAAAGUUGGAAAGUCA